AUGAAACUAUUGACCUAUUUGAAACAAUCAACAAAUGAAUGUGGUACAGCAACAUCACGUCUUGAUAUUCUUGUUCAAAAAGUUCCAUCCUCACAAGAUGCACCAUCACAAAUAAUGGCUAGCGGUAAAUAUUAUACAAUAGUUGAAACAAAUUGUCCAGCAUAUACAUAUGAACGUCCUAGUUCAUCAAUAGGUUCAAUUAAAAUUAAUUCGAGUAUUCAAACAAGUGGUCCAUUAUCAUGGUUACAAGUCAUAAAUGAUGAUGGUGCAAAAAUUGCAAGUUGUAUUACUGAAUAG